AUGUGCGCCUUCCUCCGAUCGACCAGCUUCUCCUUCCCAUCGAAGUUCCCGUACACGGGAAACUUCAUCGAGUUGCUCCUCAGCCGUAUCAAGUGCGAACCGGACCUCGACGACGAAGACGAUGAGUACGAAUCAUCCGAAGAUGAUGAAGACGAAGACGAAGAAUCUCUAUCCGACAUCGAAUCAUAUAUAGAAUUCGACAUUGAGGAAGACGAUGAAGAGGAGGACGGCGAGUAA